GAUCGUAUCGGGAUGAAAUGGAGUUACCAUCGCGGUUGCGGUUUUGUUCAUCUUGCAAGACCAUUUCGUGGUUAAUUUUGCUUCCGAAAUGUUGAUGUGAUAUCAGAAUUAUCGAGGAACGUCGGGAAUCUUUUUAUGUGCACGAUUCUCCGUUUUCGCCGUGAUUUUGGAUGGUUUUCACCGUUUUCAAGGCAGCGAUUGGCCAGGGAGAGCCCCGCUUGCGUGUUAUCGACAUCAGAGGAAACGAUCGUGGGAUUACCUCGCGAUCGCUCUCUGGAUUAAGGAUUUUUCAUGAAGAACACCAGGGAGAGGUUCUCAUGUGUUAAAAUAUGACCCUUGGAUGUUACAAUGGGAGUUCUGUGGCAGCAGAAAGGCCUUAUCAGGAAGUACUACAAAGAUGGCGACUCAGCCUAGCAUCCUUGCUAUUUUUCACUAUACUCCUUAGCAAUCACGAUCUUUGCCACAUCUUCGCGUGGCAGACUUGUUCAAGCCCUUCAAUAUCGGAAUAUUUUGAGCGAUUUAUUCAACUACCCCCUAGUAAUGAUACAGGUUGGGAGAAUCAGUGUUUUCACUUCUCCGAUGAUUUAGUGAUGGACCUGUGUAACCAAACUUUAACACACAGAACACAGCUUCUACAAUAUAUUCAAGACAACGUCAGGUUACGUUUUUGUACAUCCAUUCCGUUUUUGAAUUUAUUUUCCAAUUCUAAGGAAAAUUGUCUAACUCUGUCGGAUCCCCAGGAAUGUAGCGUUUGUAUGCACACACUUCAACAGAACGACAGUGCGGUGAGAACCAUGUUUGGCUAUUUUGCAGAUAUACUUGACCGGUACGACUGCAACGAUUCGUUUUCUGUACUGUGGCAAUGUGAAGACUGCUUGGUUGCAUACAAAGACUGGAUGUGCGCAAUGGAAUUAGGUUUUUAUGAAAAUGGUGAAAAAGUAUUGCCUUGCUUAGAUAUUUGUCACAAAGUUGCAGCCCAAUGUCCUUAUUUACUCCCUAAUUUCACAUAUACAGGAUUGCCUGUGUUUUUCUGUCCAGAUUAUAGAGACCUCAAGUUUAACCCCAUUUACGGAACUCAGCCGACCUGUUUCAGGUGUUCAACGUCCAAUGAUACACUGUCAGAACAAAGACAGACUUCUAAUAGUUUACAGUGUUUACAUUUAUUCAACCAAUUAUUGACUCCGCUGAAUCCAGGGAUCUGAAUGAAUCAACCAAUCAGGGAGCAUCUUACAAAGCUCCUUUUCUCCCAAUGGUCAUCGUCUCAUCUUCUUGAUGAAAGUGUGUAUUUUCUAAACAGUGCAAUGAAUCCGACCAAUCACAGCGCUUAAUUACUGAUCUACUUGAUAUGCUUUUUACCCGGAGCCAAUCAGCUUUAUGGAUUAUGAUUCUCCACAUAUGAACGUCAUACUAUGGAAUGUGAAUCACCAGUUACUACAAAUGGAACAUUUGAUUUUUCUGUGACUGGAGUUGUUUAUACUUAUAAAGACCAUUACAAAAACAACAUCUGUACCAUCAGCUCCAUUCCAUUGACCAGAUACAUUGUAGCAUUUCUAGCCAGUCAGCAUUAAGAAUCCCUAGUUUUUUUUUUUUAUGCCAGCCAUGUAUAUCACAAACUUUUCAUCACAAAAUGUAUGUUUUUUACUUUAAAAAAACAAACAAACCUUUGGCCAGAAAUUAUCAAGACCGUUCCAUGCUGAUAUUGUAAUAACAAAGCAUGGAUUUUUAUUUUCAUUGUUUUUUGCACCUUUCUGUAAAUUUCAAAUAUUGUUUUGCAAGAAUGAAAACAAAGAGCAACAUUACAGUUGUAUAUCACAUUUCCCAGCUAAAAUAACAUGACUAAUCAAAACACAGCAUGGAAGAAUUCAGGUCAAAUAUCCCACGAGUGAAGUGAAUGUUAUCUUAUUGUAAUUUUGUUUUAAAUUAAAUUCUUGAUAUAUAUACAUGUA